AUGUAUUUAAAAGAAACUAUUAGUGGUCAUGAUUAUAGUAUUUUGCAUGCUGCUGAGAAUGAUGAUGGAAUUAAACUUUUACAAAUAAGAAAUCCUUGGGGAACAGCUGAAUGGAAUGGUGCUUGGAGUGAUGGAAGUAAAGAAUGGACUCCUGAACGUAUGAUUCAAUUAAGCCACAGAUUCAGUGAUGAUGGUACUUUCUGGAUGUGUUAUGACGAUUUUCUUAAUUAUUGGGAUAUGAUUUAUAAAUGUAGAUUAUUUGAUUCAAGUUGGACUGUUUACAUGACUUGGAUUAAUUAUAAUGUUGUACCAAGGUUUAAAGGAAAGUUUAAACUAAGUUUACCUAAAGAAUGUUAUCAAUUAAGUUUCUGUGCAUUCAAAGAAGGUGAAACUUCUUCUUACCUAGCCCUUAAACUUCCAGCUGGUGAUUAUGGAAUUAUUCCACAUGAAAAUCAAGAACCAAAGCAAGAAAAAGAAAAUGAGGCUAAAAAAUAUGAAUGGGAAUUGAAACUGGGAUUAAGAGUUUAUAGUAAAUGUGCAGGAAUUAAAUUGGAAGGACUUCCAGGUGAAUUCCCCAAAAAGAAAGAUAAAAAAGAAGAAAAGGCUGAAGAAAAAGGUCCUGAGGAAAAAGGAAGAUGA